AUGGAGCCUACGAAUUCACCCAACCAUGUCGCCGUUUCCGAGCAAGAGAAGGAAAGGAGAAUAAGCGCCACUCCGUCUAUGCCAGAUGAAAAGACAGACGUACUUGUUCAGACGGCAACGGCUGAGCCCGACAAUCAACACCCCUCACUCAAGGCUUCCACUACACGAGAGGACGGGACAGAGUACCCAACAGGUCUCAAACUAGCGUUGAUUGCACUGGCGUUAUGUUUGAGUGUGUUCCUUGUCGCACUUGAUAAUAGCAUCAUAGCUACAGCAAUUCCAAAGAUUACUGAUCAAUUCCACAGUCUUGAGGAUGUUGGCUGGUAUGGAAGUGCCUAUCUCCUUACCACCGCUUCGCUCCAGCUACUCUUUGGAAAAUUCUACAGUUUCUUCAGCAUCAAAUGGGUCUAUCUCAUUGCGAUUGGAUUGUUCGAGGUGGGAAGUCUGAUCUGUGGCGUGGCCAACAGCAGUUUGACGCUUAUCAUGGGCCGUGCUGUUGCUGGAAUUGGUUCGGCAGGAAUCUUCUCAGGUGCCCUCAUCAUUCUAGCCCACUCGGUUGCCCUGGAGAAGCGUCCCAUGUAUAGUGGCUUCAUCGGAAGUAUGUACGGCAUUGCAUCCGUAGCCGGGCCUCUGCUCGGGGGUGUUUUCACCGACAAAGUGACAUGGCGCUGGUGUUUCUACAUCAACCUACCUAUCGGCGCUAUCACUGUCGUUGUGAUCGCCAUCUUCUUCCCGGCUCCAAACCGCCAGAUCAAGGACUCGACGUGGACAGAGCGCAUCAGGAAGUUCGACCCCAUCGGCACAGCUCUUUUCCUCCCUGCCAUUAUUUGCCUGUUGCUAGCGCUGCAAUGGGGUGGCACUACUUAUGCCUGGAGCAGCUGGCGCGUCAUUGUCCUGUUCUGCUUCUUUGCUGUCCUCAUUCUUCUCUUUGUGUUUGCCCAAUGGUACCAGCAAGAAUAUUCCACUGUGCCACCUCGCAUCUUUUUCAAGCGUACCGUUUGGUCUUCUUGCCUGUUUAGUUUUUGUCUCGGCGCUGCCUUCCUGUGCUCUGUUUACUUUUUGCCAAUCUGGUUCCAGGCUGUGAAAGGUGCCAGUGCUGUCAACUCCGGCAUCAUGAAUCUUCCCAUGUUGAUUGCAGUCGUGGUUCUCUCUGUCUUUUCGGGAAUCAUCGUUACAGUCGUUGGCUAUUAUACACCUUUCAUGAUCAUCGGCUCUGUGUUCAUCUCUAUUGGCUACGGUCUCAUGACCAUGUUUCAUCCAGAUACCCCCAAAGCCGUUUGGAUCGGUUAUCAAAUUAUCGCGGGUGCUGGUGUCGGCUUUGGCAUGCAACAGCCUAUGAUUGCUGUCCAGGUCGUCCUUGAUAUUGCUGAUGUACCUACAGGCACGGCUAUCAUUGUUUUUGCCCAGACGCUUGGGGGUGCCCUCUUUGUUUCCAUUGGAAACAACGUUUUCAGCAACAAACUUGUGCAAUAUCUCGCCGAAUAUGCCCCGAACUUGGAUACAGCUUUGAUUCUCCGGACUGGCGCCACAAGCGUCCAGAGUGUCGUCGAUAAGGCUGAUUUGCCGGGCCUUAUACUUGCAUACAGUGAUGCAAUCACACAAACAUUCAUGGUUUGUGCAGCCGUUGCCUCAAUCAGUAUCCUUGGUGCUGCAAUUGUGGAGUGGAAGAGCGUCAAGGGUAAAAACCUUGCUGCAGCAGGUGCCGCCUGA